AUGGCCCUGAAGCGGAGAGACGCGGCCGUCGCCAUGGUGGCCACCCUCGUCGCCUGUGCCUAUGCGGCGAGCUGGUGCGCCCUUUUCCGCUGGGCAGCGUACGCCUUCGCGGCUGGCAUCGCCGCUAGCGUCGUCGGCCUCGUCGCCUUGCUGCUGCUGGCCUCGCGACGGCCUCGGCGGCGCUCGUCGCGGCCCCACGGCGUUUCUUUCCUCGACGCCCGCCGCUGGCGCUCCGAGGUCGAGGCUCUGCGGCGCCGCCAAACAUACGCCAAACCGACGCUCGAGCUCGCCUCGCCGCGUGUGGCGCGGGCCGUCGAUGGCCUGCUCGACCUGAUACUCCGCGACUUUGUGCGCACAUGGUACUCGCACAUUAGCCGCAACCCCGUUUUUCCCGACGAGGUGGACAGGUCGGUCCGCUUGGCCUUGUCGAGCCUGCUUGCGUCGCUGAGCCGCAAGGACCUGGCCGAUGUCGUCACCAGCCGCCUCGUGCCCAUCUUGACGACUCACUUCCGCGACUUUUACGACGCAGAGAGGUCCAUCCGCGGGAGGAAGCUCAACCGAUCCGUCACCGAGUCCGAGGAGCUCGACCUCGCCAUCGCCUCCAAGUACAGGGAUGGCCGCCUGCACCCGGCCGCCUCGCUCUCCUUUCCCGACACCAAGAUGAUCCAGCAGGAGUACCUCCGGUCGCUCGUCGCGCGCGUCAUGCCCCGGGUGCUUCCCGAAACCAUGCUCUCCAGCCGCGCCGUCUCCAUCCUCGUCCGCGAGAUCGUUGCCUGCGCCGUGCUCUUCCCCGUCAUCCAGCUCCUCUCCGACCCGGACACGUGGAACCAGCUGAUGGAGAGCUACGGCCGCUCCAUGCUCCUCGACAGGUCCACGGUUCGCAAGCUCAGGGCGGCCCUCGACCAGCACUCCCAGCCCACGCCGCCUCGGUCCGCAAAGUCCGCCGCAGCGCCUCGCCUCGGCCCGGGAGAUAGCGAACGCAAGUUUGAAAAGUUCAUCCGUGGCAUCCGCAAGGUCAACAACCUGUCCGAUGCGCGCCGCUUUCGCAGUGAGGUCGUGAGCCAACUCAAGCGGGACUCUCUGCAGGAGAACCAGGACCCAGUCUAUCUGCGCCGCCUCGAGAUGGGGAAGCGAAUGCUGGAUCAGACGGUCAACCUACUUGCCGCUGGCGGCGACCAUCGUGCCCCCCCACCUCUGCGCUCGUCGUUUUCAACUUCUGCCCCUACUUCGCGGCUGGAGAAUGCUUCUCUGGUCGAGCUGCUGCGGGACCCUUCGGGACUGUCGUACUUUAUGGAGUUCAUGGACCGCCAGCAUCUCAUGUCGCUCGUCCAGUUUUGGCUCGUCGUGGACGGUUUUCGCAAUCCGUUGGAAGACGACGGGCAAGAGGAAGACGAAGGCGAUGAGUCCUCGUCCAACUUGCCCAUGUGGAAUCCAUCAGACCGGGUGGAUCUGCAGCAAAUUCACCAGGCCUAUCUGUCAAAGCCCGAACUCAAAGUGCCCGAGUCGACCAGAAAGGAGGUUCGCCGGUUUCUCCAGGCCGGCAACUCUGCGACGCCGGCUCAAUACCACAAAGCUCGACGAGCCAUCCUCACAGCUCAAAGCGCCGUGCUCGAGGAGAUGCAGUCUCGCUACUUUCAGGCAUUCAGGAAAUCCGACUUGUACUACAAAUGCCUUGCCUCUCAAGAAUCGUCUAAUGCGAGUAUGCCCCCUACCCCCGGCCCAUCGAGCCAUUUGGAGCCGCAGCUCCAGCAACAACAAAAUCAUCACCAUCAACCAUCGUCAUCGCGAGCAACCCAAUACCAGCAGACCAAGCCCAAGCCCGUUGCCAGACUUGCGUCUGCCCCGCCGGGAGCGCCCCGACGGUCGUUGGAAGAGAGUUCCCCCAGCCCUCUUUUCGACGACGACGACCUGGAGCACGAUGGCAUGCUGGACUCGGUGCAGAGUCUUGAUUCGUACGUGCCGGCGCACCCGGUCCCAGACACCCAAGUCGUGCAGGCUGUCGAGCAGGCUCUAAACAAUAUUUUGGACGACAACGGGCCGCAGACGGCCGAGGAUCUCCGUGCGUCCUUGUUCGGCACAGAGGACAAUGAUUCCAGCUUCCUGACGGGUCGCGAGAACGACUCGAGCCGGGGCUCGAUCGAUGCUGGCAAGACUUCCAUCUUGAGCAGGGACUCUGACAAGCCCAGCCUCUCCUCAUUAGGCCUGGUCAGCGCUGCGUCACGCAUUGGGGUGUUUGUCGACGACGAUCUUUUCGACGACGAUGAAAAGGAUCUGCCCGACGAGCCUGAAGAGGAUGGGGUGGGUGCCGCGGACGACAAAGACCAAGUACACGAGGCCGCACCCGGGGACCUGGGCCUCGCCGAGGCCAUCACAGCCUUGACCAACGACAUUGACCGUCUGGUGGCGCAAGAAGCCGUGGUGGACUCGUUGACAAAGAAGGCCGAGCUAACAAACAACACGUCGGAGCUGCGGAUUCUUCGCAAGUCAAAGGCGAGUCUACAGAGAGAAAUCAGGCGCAAGGAGCUCCAGCGCCAGCAGUACGUGGUGCAAGAAAGCGACAACAGCCUCUACGGACGCUCGACCAUUAAGAUUAAAUCGAUCCAGGUCCAGCGCAAUGCGGGAGAGCAGAUGCCCGCGGCGUCGUGGAUAGUUACGAGGAGGUAUAGCGAGUUUCACGACCUUCAUCAGAAGCUACGGUCGAGGUAUCCGUCGGUCCGGGACCUCGAGUUUCCCAGGCGGCGCAUGGUGAUGAAGUUCCAAAGCGAGUUCCUCCGCAAGAGGAGGGCGGCGCUGGAAAAGUACCUGAGGGAGCUUUUGCUGCUGCCGGAUGUAUGUCGCAGCCGAGAGCUGCGCGCAUUCCUGUCCCAGAGCGUCGUUGCGCAGGGCCAGGACCUGAUGGAUCGCGAGGACAAGAAGGACAUGAUGACGCGCUUGUACGACUCGGUGGCAGACGGCAUGGACGACAUCCUGGGCAAUAUCCCCGUGCUUGACCAGAUAUCCGUCGCGGGGCAGAAUCUCAUUGCGGCGGCGACGAGCCAGUUGAACUCGAUUCCGCUCGGCGUCAACGAGGAAGUCUUUCCGGCCGCCGAGGCCGAGGCCGAGCUCAACGCGUUUGAGGACAGGGAGCUCGAGCCCUUUAUCAAGCCCAUCUGCGACAUCUUUCUGGAGGUCUUUGAGCUCAACAGAGGGAACAACUGGCUGCGCGGGAGAGCGGUGGUCAUGGUGCUCCAACAGCUGCUCGGCGGGACGAUUGAGAGAAAAGUGCGCGACAACGUCAAGAUGCUGGUUCAGGAGGAGUCGAUUCUGCGAUACGUGGGCAUGGUGUCGGACGGACUGUGGCCGGGCGGAGAGCUUCAGCGGGACCGUCCACCUCGGGGAACGGCGGAGAGGAAGAAGACGCGCACGGAAGCGAGCCUGAUGCUGGCGACGCUGGUGCCGGACCUUGCGGCCAGCGUGGUCGGAAGGGUCAACGCGCAGGCGGCCAGCCGGCGCAUAUUUGCGACGUUUAACAACGUACGACUCAAUGCCCAUCUCGUGUUUACCGUGCUCGACGAGGUUGUGUCGAUACUCUUCGACGAGACCUAG